CGCGUGGUGAAUGGGCAAGUUCAUACACAGGAGAUGGUUACCGGCUCAGUGCUAAUGAGAUCCUUGUAGAGGAGAAGACAUGUCAGAAACCCAUAAUGAUGCUAAGUCUCAAGAAGAAGACAGUCAAGAAAGGCUAUUGGAAAAUCUGGAGCUGGAUGAUGUUGAAGGAAUUGUAGAGCCGGUCAGAGAAGAUGAGACAAAUCAAGAGGGAAUUGAGGAGGAACCAGAUGGUCAUAAUAUCCCUGAGGAUGUAAAUGGGAGAGACGCCUUGGUGGGAUCAGAUCGUCUCCUAGGCCCUGAUGAACAAGAAUUACAUUGGGGAUCAGAAGAAGAUCUGGAAAGUCAGCAGUGGUCUGACGGCUCCAGCUACAAAGGACACAUGGCCAUGGAUCUGAAGAGAGGCUUUGGGGAGUUUAAAUGGGCCAAUGGAGAGAGCUAUGUUGGUGAAUUUUACAAGGAUCAUCACCAUGGAAGGGGAAUCUACACCUGGCCCGAUGGUUCCAGGUUCACUGGCUCUUUUUAUCUUAGCCGUAAAGAAGGAUAUGGGACCAUGAGAUUUCCUGAUGGUAGAACAUACCAGGGACUCUACAAGGCAGAUGUGCGCUUUGGACCUGGCGUGGAAAGUUACAGUGAUGGCCGUCAGGAUGUUGGCAUCUGGAUGGGUCAGCACUUGUUCAGGCUAUGUACUCUGGUACCUGGAUCUGUCUCCAUGUCUUCUUUCCCACAGUUUAGUCUUCAUUUUAAUGGGGAUCUAGGUAACAGUAAAUGUCAUUCUUCCGAGCUCCCAAAAAGACCAUCGGAGGAUCCAUUUGAUUUUAGAUACAAGAUCCUGCUUAGAGAGGACAGCUUCACGCUCACUGACAAGAUCUACUCCUACUCAUUAGAUACAGACCACCUUCCCAUCACUUGCUCUCAGCACAGAGAGUUUGACAGCCACUUUUAUAGAGACUAUAACAAACAGGAGGAGUCCGAAGACUGCACUUCUGACAGUACGCACAGAGCCAGAAGCGUGAGGGACAUAUGUCUGCAUGUUAACCUACACAGAAACAGACCAGAACAUUUAGACUGGAAUAUGUGUUCAAUUAUGGAUGAUGAACGGGAUAAGUUUGGUCCAAAAGGUCCCCGUGAGCGUUCUGCUGAGCAGCUCAUUGAGAUGUCUGGAUUGGGAGAUACGGAGACCAUUUCUGCUAUUCUCAGACAUGACCUAGCCCACGUUGAUGUGUCUGAUAAUGGUGGACAGACUGCUCUACAUGCUGCAACUGUAAAUGGCCAUAAUAACGUCAUUAACCUUCUUCUUGACAAUGGAGCGGAUGUUAACAAGAGUGAUGAUGAGGGACUGUCAGCGCUGUCCUUGUGCCUGGUGCUUUUCUACAGCACAAAGUCAUUCUGGCCUAAUGUGGCUGAGAGGAAUCUCCCUGUGAACAAGGAAGAAAAAACUCCCCUUGCGCUGAACAGUUGUGAGAAUGAGAGCUGCGCUAUGAAUGAGAAGGACACGGAGAAGAAUGGUGAAAUAGGCCCAGGAUCUGGUGGAUCGCUCCAAACAUCAGUUUGUUACAGGAGUGGUGAGGACGCGGAGUGCACCGUUGAUCGCCAUAGGAAUAAAAACUUCGGAUCAAGCAUGAACCUGCUGCUCCUGCGCGGCGCUGACCCCAGUCUCUCCAGUAUUCCUAUGAAUGCACUUUUCUUUGCCAUUAAAGCUGCUGACGUUGGCACAGUGGAGCUGCUGCUGCAAUGUGGGGCCAGGACUGAUGUCCGUUUGAAGACACAGCAUGGCUCUCUCACCCCUCUACACAUAGCAGCAGCCUUGCCAGUGGCUGAAGGCAUCCGGAUCACAGAGAUUCUGCUGCAUGUUCCCUCAGAUCCGAAUGCUAGUGCCGAGGAUGAGGACUACGUGUAUGAUCAUGACAGGGCUGAGAUCAAUGGUGUGAUCCUUGGGUUUUCUAUGAAAGGCGGCCUUGAAUCAGGUCUUCCUCUGUAUAAUUACUUUGACAAGAUCCCCUGUGUUCCAGAAGAGGGAGGCCGUACCCCCCUGCAUGUGGCGUGUGAACGGGAAGACAAUUACAAGUUUGCCAGGGAUACCAUUUCUUUACUUCUUGCCCACAAUGCCAAACGCAACACCCUAUGGAGUGGUCACUCUCCUCUCUCCUUGGCCAUUGCCAGUGGAAAUGACUUGGCUGUGAAAGAACUGUUAGCUAAUGGAGCAGACCCCAACCUGGCUCUCAGCAGAGGGGUGGGCAGUGCUUUAUGUACAGCUGUCAAUAUUGCUUACGAGAAGAAAAGAACUUUAGCUGCAAGAAUAGCUUUGGUGGACAGGCUGAUAAAAGCUGGGGCAAAUAUUCUGAUGCCAAUUGUUAUCGGAGGAGGAAAAAGGACUGCGCUGGGCACCGCCACGGAUUAUGCCUAUUUCAAGUACUUCCAGGAUAAGAGAAUAGCACACACCCCAUACCACGCCUUGUUACCGGAGGAGCGCGACACUUACAAUGCUCGGAAGCAGCUAUUGGAGCACUUGGGAAAGCUGACUCGGGAGGCAGCCCUAGCAAAGGAACACGAGUGGGCAAAGGAAGGCAUAGUCCGAGAGGCAAACACCAAGGCAAACGUGAAGGUGACAACUGGUGAAGGAGGCAUGACGUCAACCCGCACUUUCUUCAAGUACUGUUACCAGUGCGGCCGUUCUAUUGGUGUCAAGCUUACCCCAUGCUUGCGCUGUUACAGUAUAUACACCUGUAGCAAACAGUGCAAAAAGAGAUCAUGGGAUGAACUACACAAAGAAGAGUGUCAGCAACUUACAGGGAAACUCAGUGGUAAGAUGUCCCCAACAGGGAGGGCCAGUAGAAAGAUGCAUUCAGCCAAAGGGAGACAGUUCAGCCCUACCAAGCAUCUCCAUGCUGAGAAAGAGCCGUCAGGACGCGAGGCUUAUGGUGACCGCAUCCCAAGUACCAGUGAGAACUACAGUUACAAUUAAGCCUUGUAUGUGGCAGCACUUCACUCUUGUGUUUCUCUCAUCCAUUUGCUGCAGAAAAACUGAUAAACUGUGAACCAUAAAGCCGGCUGUGGUCCACCUAUACCAGCACAUUCUUCAUUUCUCCAAAACACUACUCAUUUUACAGUGUGGAUGUCCUAUUUCAAUAAAUAAAAUUUGCGCAAUUUAAUAUCAUAAAAUCAAAAUGUUUUUCAUAACCCCUGCUCAGUUGACAUAUAAAAUUUUACGACAGUAUCUGUGUGCCCAUUCC